AUGGUGCUCUCAAAGGCCGACCUCUGCGACCCCAAGCUGCAGUACUUUCGUCUCGCCGAGCCGCACAAUCGUAACAACCCGCGCGGCAUCUGUCUGCUGAUUAACCAACGCGACUUCGACCGGGAGAAGACUGGACAGGAGCGCCGUGACGGCACCGAUGUCGACGCCGACGCGAUUGAACGCACCUUCAUCAAACUUGGCUACUCCGUCAACCGGACCACUAAUCUGACCCUGCGCAAGAUGCAAAUGCUAUUGAGUAAUGGUGAGUUGCUUCCUGUUCGGUCGUUUGCUGCUUUUCUGUUCAUUGUCAGAACCCCAGAAAGAUAG